AUGCUUGUCCCCAAGAGUAAGAGAGCCAUGGCUGGCCUGCGAGGGAAUGCUGGAGCCUGCCUUCUCUGGCUGCUGCUGCUUUGGAGUGGGGACAAUGGCUGCCAGGCCCAGCGGGCAGGUUGCAAAAGUGUCCAGUACGAUCUGGUCUUCCUCUUGGACACCUCGUCCAGCGUGGGCAGGGAGGACUUUGAGAAGGUCCGGCAGUGGGUGGCCAACCUGGUGGACACCUUUGAGGUGGCCCCGGACCGCACCCGCGUGGGGGUCGUGCGCUACAGCGACCGGCCCACCACGGCCUUCGAGCUGGGCCACUUCGGCUCGCGGCAGGAGGUCAAGGCGGCCGCGCGGCGCAUCGCCUACCACGGCGGCCACACCCACACGGGCGACGCGCUGCGCUACGUCACCGGCCGCAGCUUCUCCCGGCGGGCCGGUGGCCGCCCCGGGGACCGCGCCUUCCAGCAGGUGGCCAUCCUCCUGACCGACGGCCGGAGCCAGGACCUGGUGCUGGACGCCGCGGCAGCCGCCCACCGGGCGGGCAUCCGCGUCUUCGCCGUGGGCGUGGGCAAGGCCCUGAAGGAGGAGCUGGAGGAGAUCGCCUCGGAGCCCAAGUCCGCCCAUGUCUUCCACGUGUCCGACUUCAACGCCAUCGACAAGAUCCGGGGCAAGCUGCGGCGCCGCCUGUGUGAGAAUGUGCUGUGCCCUAGUGUUCGUGUAGAAGGAGAUCGCUUUAAGCACACCAAUGGAGAAACCAAGGAAAUCACGGGUUUUGACCUGAUGGAUUUGUUCAGUGUGAAGGAAAUCUUGGAGAAGAGAGAGAAUGGAGCACAGAGUUCCUAUGUCCGGAUGGGAUCCUUCCCUGUGGUGCAGAGGACGGAGGACGUGUUCCCCCAAGGUUUGCCUGAUGAGUACGCCUUUGUCACAACCUUCCGGUUCAGGAAAACAUCUCGGAAAGAAGACUGGUACAUCUGGCAGGUCAUCGACCAGUACGGCAUCCCACAGGUCUCUAUCCGGCUGGACGGCGAGAACAGGGCAGUUGAGUACAACUCUGUGGGGGCCGUGAAAGAUGCCGUCAGGGUGGUCUUCCGAGGCUCUCGGGUCAAUGACCUCUUUGAUCGAGACUGGCACAAGAUCGCCCUGAGCAUCCAGGCCCAGAACGUUUCCCUGUACAUCGAUUGUGUGCUGGUGCAGACGCUGCCCAUUGAGGAGAGGGAGAACAUUGACAUCCAGGGCAAGACUGUGAUUGGCAAGCGCCUCUACGACAGUGUGCCUAUCGACUUUGACCUGCAGCGGAUUGUGAUCUACUGUGACUCGAGACAUUCAGAACUGGAGACUUGUUGUGACAUCCCCUCUGGCCCGUGCCAGGUGACUGUGGUGACAGAGCCUCCACCCCUGCCCCAGCGGCCUCCCACCCCAGGCAGUGAACAGAUUGGAUUUCUGAAGACCAUCAACUGCUCCUGCCCACCUGGAGAAAAGGGUGAAAAGGGCUUUGAUGGCCCUGUGGGACUCCCUGGCUUGAAGGGAGACAUGGGAGCCACUGGGCCUGUCGGUGCUCCUGGACCCAAGGGAGAGAAGGGCGACAUGGGAAGAGGACCUUUUGUCCGAGGAGAAAAGGGUGAAAAGGGCACACUGGGCCCACCCGGUCCCCCUGGGAGAGACGGCAGCAAAGGCGUGAGGGGGGAGCCAGGAGAGCUGGGAGAGCCGGGGCUGCCUGGUGAGGUGGGCAUGCGGGGGCCCCAAGGACCGCCUGGACUUCCCGGAUCUCCCGGACACGUUGGAGCUCCCGGUCUCCAAGGAGAACGAGGUGAAAAGGGAACUCGAGGAGAAAAGGGGGAGCGAGGCCUGGAUGGAUUCCCCGGGAAGCCUGGGGAGACAGGAGAGCAGGGAAGACCUGGCCCUCCUGGCACGACAGGGUCCCAGGGAGAGAAGGGUGACAUGGGACCUGCAGGACCUCCUGGUGUCCCUGGCUCUGUGGUGCAGAGAGAGGGCCUGAAGGGAGAACAGGGAGCUCCAGGACCGAGAGGUCACCAGGGCCCACCUGGGCCACCAGGAGCUCCGGGUCUGAUGGGCCCAGAAGGCAGGGGAGGACCUCCUGGUUUGCAAGGCAUCCGAGGGAAGAAAGGUGAUGUGGGCCCACCUGGAAACCCUGGAUUGCUGGGGCUGCAGGGGCCUCCAGGACCACCUGGGGUCGCAGGCCCCCCUGGACCCAGAGGCCCCCCGGGAUUACCUGGAGAGAUCGGUUUCCCUGGAAAACCUGGGCCUCCCGGGCAUAUGGGGCCACCUGGAAAGGAUGGGUCGAAUGGACCACCAGGCCUGCCAGGACCCAAGGGUGAACCGGGACAAAGAGGGGAAGAUGGUCUGCCCGGAAACCCUGGCGCUUGGGGUGAAGUUGGGGAGCAGGGCCUGGCAGGUCGUCCUGGAGAGAAGGGAGAAGCAGGCCUUCCAGGUGCACCAGGCCUCCCAGGUGUGCGGGGAGAGAAAGGAGACCAGGGAGAAAAGGGUGAACUGGGACGUCCGGGACUAAAAGGUGACCACGGCGAAAAGGGGGAAGCUGGUCCAGCAGGACCCCCUGGGUUACCUGGAAUUACAUCGCUGUUCACACCACACCCAAGAAUGCCAGGAGAACAAGGGCCGAAAGGAGAGAAGGGCGAUCCAGGCAUGCCUGGGGAACCGGGACUACAGGGCCGUCCUGGAGAAUCGGGGCCUCAGGGACCCACAGGACCUCCGGGUUCCAAGGGACAAGAAGGCGCACAUGGGGCUCCAGGACCUGCUGGAAACCCUGGUGCUCCUGGACCUGUAGGUGCCCCUGGUCCCAGUGGCCCCCCAGGAAGUGUGGGCACCCCUGGCCUCAGAGGCCCCCCUGGGAAAGACGGACAACGCGGUGAGAAGGGAACAGCAGGGGAAGAAGGAAGCCCAGGACCAGCUGGCCCCAGGGGUGAUCCUGGUGCUCCUGGGCUCCCUGGAUCCCCUGGAAAAGGGAAGGAUGGAGAGCCGGGACCUCGUGGAUCCCCUGGAUUACCUGGACCAGUAGGAACCAAGGGGGACCAAGGAGCACCUGGGAUCCCUGGCUUUCCUGGCAACCGCGGUGACCCGGGCAUUGGGGUGGCUGGCCCUCCCGGCCCUUCCGGACCACGAGGAGACAAAGGGCCUCCGGGUUCUCGAGGCUUACCUGGAUUCCCCGGCCCCCAGGGACCAGCUGGCCAGGAUGGUGCACCAGGAAAUCCAGGAGAGAGAGGGCCUCCUGGAAAACCAGGCCCCUCUUCACUACUGUCUCCAGGGGACAUAAAUCUCUUGGUUAAGGACGUGUGCAAUGACUGCCCUCCUGGUCCCCCAGGCCUACCUGGUCUUCCAGGUUUUAAAGGGGAUAAAGGUCUCCCGGGAAAGCCAGGGAGAGAAGGCACUGAAGGGAAAAAGGGAGAUGCUGGUCCCCGAGGCCUCCCAGGGCCCCCCGGAAUAGCUGGGCCACAGGGAAGCAAAGGAGAGCAUGGUGCAGAUGGUGAGGUUGGACAGAAAGGUGAUCAGGGUCAUCCUGGAGUUCCAGGUUUCAUGGGGCCCCCAGGGGACCCUGGGCCUCCAGGGACAGCUGGAAUUGCAGGAGCUGCUGGACCACCAGGAAUCCAAGGGCCACCUGGGAAAGAAGGUCCUCUUGGCCCCCAAGGCCCAUCUGGAAUACCCGGAGUCCCAGGAGAAGAAGGCAAAGAGGGCAGAGAUGGAAAACCAGGUCCCCCUGGGGAGCCGGGCAAAGCCGGAGAGCCGGGUCUACCAGGACCAGAGGGUGCCCGAGGCCCACCGGGCUUCAAGGGACACACUGGUGAUCCUGGCGCACCAGGUCCCCGGGGAGAGCCUGGUGCCAUGGGGCCCCCUGGUCGAGAAGGGUCACCAGGAAAAGAUGGUGAUACUGGACCCACAGGGCCACAGGGUCCUCGAGGACUGAGGGGCCCACCGGGUCAGAAUGGAUCACCUGGAUCUUCAGGAGACCCUGGACCUCCAGGAAGCCCAGGCCAGAAGGGAAGCAAAGGAGAAAAUGGUAGCCCGGGACUUCCUGGCUUCCUGGGUCCCCGCGGGCUCCCGGGAGAGCCGGGAGACAAAGGAGUCCCAGGCAAGGAGGGUACCCCUGGAAAACCCGGAGAACCAGGAUCCAAAGGAGAAAGGGGAGAUCCUGGGAUCAAAGGUGACAAAGGACCUCCUGGUGGGAAGGGCCAACCUGGAGACCCUGGAAUUCCAGGGCACAAAGGCUACACAGGCCUGAUGGGCCCCCAAGGACCUCCUGGGGAGAAUGGACCAGCCGGGCCCCCAGGGCCUCCAGGCCAGCCAGGAUUUCCGGGACUAAGGGGCGAGUCUCCAUCCAUGGACACCCUGCGGCGGCUUAUUCAAGAAGAGCUUGGGAAACAGCUGGAAACCAAACUUGCCUACCUCCUGGGCCAGAUGCCCCCAGCACACAUGAAGGCAUCUCAAGGCAGACCCGGGCCCCCAGGGCCCCCUGGAAAAGAUGGGCUUCCAGGCCGGGCAGGGCCCAUGGGGGAGCCAGGCCGACCUGGGCAAGGGGGUCUGGAAGGACCCUCUGGACCAAUAGGUCCCAAAGGUGAGCAAGGAGCCAAAGGUGAUUCAGGUGAACCUGGAGUUGGCCUCCGAGGAGAGAUGGGACCUCCUGGAAUCCCAGGUCAACCCGGGGAACCUGGUUAUGCGAAAGAUGGACUCCCUGGGAGCCCUGGCCCUCAAGGAGAGACAGGACCAGCUGGACAUCCUGGCCCCCCAGGCCCCCCUGGCCCCCCUGGCCAGUGUGACCCCUCCCAGUGUGCCUACUUUGCCAGCCUUGCUGCCCGACCGGGUAAUGUGAAGGGCCCCUAG